AUGUCUCGGAAUAGUAAAUUCAGUUAUUUUGAUUUUACAAUGAAUUACGAUAUGAAAACCCAAAUUGGUGCAGGCACAUUUUCAGAUGUAUGGCUGUGCGUGAAACGAGAUAAUGGAAAAGAAAUGGCAGCGAAGAUAUUGAAAAAGGGUUUUAGAUCGUCUAAAGUAAACGUGACCACACUGAAUAACAUAGCCGAAGUGAAAAUAGCAAAAACCGUUGAAAAUCAUCCGUUCUUGCUGAUGAUGGUAGGAGCUUAUUUUUACAAAGAAUGUGGAAAGAUAGUCUUAGUCUCGGAGCUAAUGAAAAAAUCGCUAUUCGACAUCAUACGUUCUGGAUGUUCUCUGUCACUAUUUCGAAUCAAAAUCUAUACGUAUCAGAUGUUAGAAGGCUUACGGUAUCUGCAUCAGAACGACUUCGUGCACAGAGACAUCAAGCCAGAGAACAUUUUGCUGCGAUCGCGGGACAAGCAGCUGAAGAUUGGCGAUUUCGGUACGACGUGCCACGUUUCCGAGGGACAGCCGCACGUGCAAUACGUGGCGACCCGGUGGUAUCGUUCGCCCGAGUGCAUGUUGACCCGGGGCUAUUACGGGAAAAAAAUGGACAUUUGGGCCAUGGGCUGCGUGAUAUACGAAAUGGUCAUGGGCCACGUGAUGUUCUGCGGAGUGGACGAGGCGGACCAGAUGGAGAGGAUUGGUUGGGUGCUGGGCCGUCCCAACUCCUCGCUGAUAAACAAGUUCAGGAAGAACAAGUCGAACGUGUUCACGUGGCUCUAUGAGUCCAGCAGGUCGGAUCAAAACUUCGAUUUUGGUUGCGGGUUGCGCACCGUAUACCAGCCGCACAUGCCCGCAUACGAAGUGCUGAAAGACAUGAUCGUUUAUGACCCGGCCAGGAGAUUUUCAGCCAACCGUUUGUUGCGAAAACCGUACUUCAACGAAAUCCGUAACACGUCAUAUCAUCGUAAGGUCGUAGAAUUUGAAAAAUCGCUCGGCGACAACGACGGAACAACUGCUGACGGUUCGCCCAAACGGAUAAAAUAGAGUACUAAUGAACAUUUCGAAUCGCUCAAGUUUUCAAAAUCAAAAAUUUCAAUACACAAUAGCGUUAGAUGAUGAUUAGAUGAUUAG